AUGGCAAAUGAAUCACCAAAGCAUCAUCAGCUAGAAGCAAAGAGAAAGCGCCUAACUUGGAUUCUUGGGGUCAGUGGCCUUUGCGUUUUGUUUUAUGUUUUGGGAGCUUGGCAGCAUACCUCGCCACCCACAAAUCUAUCGAAGUCCAUCACAAAAGUAGCUUGUGAUACUUCAAACUCUGCCGCGGUUAGUUCUGAUCCAUCAUCGUCAUCAUCAGUUCUCUUGGAUUUUGAUACCCACCACCAGAUUCAGAUCAACAAUACUGCUUCAGUUAAUGAGUUUCCACCAUGCGACAUGUCCUAUAGUGAGUACACUCCUUGCCAAGAUCCUCAAAGGGGAAGGAAAUUUGAUAGGAACAUGCUGAAAUAUAGAGAGAGGCAUUGCCCAACAAAGGAUGAACUACUCCUUUGCUUGAUUCCUGCUCCGCCUAAAUAUAAGACCCCUCUUAAAUGGCCUCAAAGCCGCGAUUAUGCCUGGUAUGAUAACAUUCCCCAUAAAGAACUUAGCAUUGAAAAGGCUGUGCAGAAUUGGAUUCAAGUAGAGGGUGACCGAUUCAGAUUCCCCGGUGGAGGCACCAUGUUCCCGCGUGGAGCUGAUGCUUAUAUCGAUGACAUUAAUGAGCUCAUUUCUCUUACUGAUGGGAGAAUCAGAACUGCAAUUGACACAGGCUGUGGUGUUGCGAGUUGGGGUGCAUACCUGUUGAAGAGGGACAUUAUAGCAAUGUCUUUUGCACCAAGGGAUACACAUGAAGCACAGGUCUGGUUUGCAUUGGAGAGGGGAGUUCCUGCUAUGAUUGGCGUCAUGGCUUCACAAAGGCUUCCUUACCCAGCAAGGGCUUUUGACAUGGCUCAUUGUUCCCGUUGCUUGAUACCGUGGCAUAAAAAUGAUGGUAUGUAUCUGAUUGAAGUGGAUAGAGUUUUGAGGCCUGGUGGCUAUUGGAUUCUAUCUGGUCCUCCUAUUCGCUGGAAGAAAUACUGGAGAGGUUGGGAAAGAACCCAAGAAGACUUGAAGCAAGAGCAGGAUGCUAUUGAGGAUGUAGCCAAGCGCCUGUGCUGGAAGAAAGUUGUUGAAAAGGGUGAUCUUUCAGUCUGGCAAAAGCCCCUCAACCACAUCGAGUGCAUUGCAAGCAGGAAGACCUAUAAAACACCACAUAUAUGCAAAUCAGACAAUCCAGACGCCGCGUGGUACAAAGACAUGGAACUUUGCAUAACUCCAUUGCCAGAAGUAAGCAGCUCUGAUGAAGUUGCAGGUGGUGCAGUGGAGAAAUGGCCAGCACGCGCAUUCGCAGUCCCUCCAAGAAUUCGCAGCGGUUCAAUACCUGGAAUCACUGCUGAGAAAUUCAAGGAGGACAAUGAUCUGUGGAAGGAUAGAGUGACACAUUAUAAACACCUCAUUAGUCCUCUCACCCAAGGCAGAUACAGAAACAUAAUGGACAUGAAUGCACAGCUUGGAGGAUUUGCUGCAGCCAUGGCAAAAUAUCCAUCUUGGGUUAUGAAUGUGGUACCUGCCAAUUCAAAUCCAGACACACUUGGUGUGAUCUAUGAACGAGGGUUUAUCGGGACAUAUCAGGAUUGGUGUGAGGCAGUCUCCACAUAUCCAAGAACGUAUGAUCUCCUCCAUGCUGGGGGCGUGUUCAGUAUAUAUCAGGACAGGUGUGACAUAACCCACAUUCUGCUGGAGAUGGAUAGAAUUCUAAGGCCAGAAGGGACAGUGAUAUUCAGGGAUACAGUAGAGGUUCUUGUGAAGAUUCAGACUAUAACAAAUGGCAUGAGAUGGAAGAGCCAAAUUAUGGACCAUGAAAGUGGACCCUUUAACCCAGAGAAAAUUCUUGUCGCUGUCAAAACUUACUGGACUGGUGAAACAAAGCAAAAGCAGUAG